CGGAUUCCGCACGCAAUAGUCUGAGCUUGCGCGGUGCUUGCGAAAGGCGCGUCCUGGCUCCGUCGCCGUUGCGGUCGGGAUUUUACUCGUCGACGAGCUUCCGUGCUGGAGCGUGCGCGUCCCAUCGCACCGUGAAAGGGAGACAGAGAUAAAAACGAAUAGAAGCGGCUAUCUCGUUUCGCGUCCGGCCCGGCCAAACACCUACGACUCCAAAACAAAAGGGAGUGGACGCCUCUCCGUCCGCGGAAGGGUUAAAUUAGGGCCAUUUUUUCGCCCACGAAAAUGUAACGAUCGAGUGGACCGGUAUCAGUCUGAAAAUAGGCUCCGUAGCGUGGUAGAAGGGGGGAGAAGGAGAGAUCGCUCCCCGUGUUCGUAGAUCGCGAGUGAAAGCAUCUCGGCGAGAAGCUCUCCAUGGCGUGAAGAGUCGACACACCGGUGGGAACCAGUACUUGUACGUGAAAGCUGAAGCUCGACGAGAAUCAGUAUGAUCGGUGCCAUGCCAGCGGUGGCAGUUCGCCACGAACGUAAACGACAGGAAAAAAGGUUAAAACGCCCCAGCCAGCUUUACCUAGGGGGCCAAUGGAUGCCACCACCUCAAGGCUCGCCGCCCACCCCUAGUCCUCAUGGGCACAACAACCACCUGGAGCCUUUACCCGAGUUGUAUCUCUGUGGCAAGAUAUCGGGUCUUCACGCAGUGGUGGUGUGCCUAUUGUUGGGUGCAGUGGUGCUAGUUGUUGGUCUAGUCCAACUCGCCCCAGGCGCAACGACCACCGACCAUAGACUCGCUCUACUCGUGGCGGGUUCUAUUCUGCUCCUCCUCGGUAUAAUUCUAGCAGGUGUGAGAUGCUACGUCUUGCACUGCUUACCUCUGCCAACCGAGUCACCUGUAGCAACUCCGUUCCCGCCGCCAGCCACCGAUCAACCUGGACUUCCACGAGGCACCCUGGACCUCCUAGUAGGCCAUCAGAAUCAGCCAGAAACCGACGCCCUAAUGCACACCGAUCAUCACCAUCAGGACCACCAUCACCACCAUCGUCACUACCACGACAACCACAAGAAGAAGCGCAGCUCCCAAUGCUCCCACUCCGACGAAGCCUAAUGAUCGACGUCAUUCAGCCACUGGCCAGAGUCAGCUGAGUCCAGUCUCAGUCAGCGAUGAAAGUACAUCCGCUGGAUGGAGUUACCUCCACGGCGACGCAGACCAAAAAUUAGAGAUGAUCGCGAGGUAGACGAAAAAGCUUUUGGAAAGUAGAAAAAACAAAAAAAAAAAAAAUAAAAUAAAAAUAAUAAAAACGUGGUAAUCCGUUUUGGGGAGACGAUCGUCUCCUGGUACGGGUCUGUACGUGUACAUUAUACUCGAUUCUUUUAUCUUUUGUAACUUUCUAUAUAUAUAAAAAAAUAUAUAUAUACAUAUACAAUAUAUACUAUACAUAUACUGUCAACGUGUAUGCAUAACAUGUGUACUCAGCGAAAAACGUUCGCUGAAGAAAGUGCACUUUUCUAUCUUGUCUGCGGGGUGUUCGAGCUCUAUCUGCCCUCGAUAUCAGCGGUAAAACUCUCAACUGGGCGCUGAUAUCACGCUGGGUACGCGAAACGCAUUGCAUCUUUUGACAUUACGCGAUGGUUACGCGAGCAUGGAAAUUGCGUUGCGCAAUGGUAUCGAGGAAAAAGAAUGCGUAUCCUUUCUACGAGUAAUCGUUCCUCGGAGUUCUUUUGUCCCUAUUUUCACGAAGCUGUGGAAUAUCACCGAUCGACUUUGAUUUCCAGAAAAAUCUCGUCGAACAGAAAAUUCAUGGAGCAUUCAUGAAUAGUCGAAAAGUCAGGACAAGUUUCACUUGCUUGUUUCAUAGGAAAGAGUCACCUAAAUCGUGCCGUUUCAAUCUCUGUAUUUGUUGUGGAUGUAAACAUAAUCUGGCGAUGAAUAUGUGAAAUAAUUGAAAAUGGAAAGAGCGGAUAAAAACUCGACAGGGUUUAUCCUGUAUUUAUUUGCCAUGUUCAGUGCAUCGUAACAAAACUGAAUAUAUAAAGACGAAAAGGUAAUAAAAUGCAUAACAUAUUGAUUAUGUCAGGUUGAACGUGCGAGGUUCAACGUCAGUUCUAUUAAAAAUUUGUGAUAUUUGUUUCUGUACCUGUCAAAACUGUAUCGAAUAAUCAUGGUAGGAUUUAUUCGAUUUUUGAUCACAUUUAAAUAACUCGCAAAAUUGUAGCAGUGCAGUUUCAUUCCAAAUUUUUACGUUUGUGUAAAAGUAUAUUUAUUAUAAGAUACAGUAAAGCAUGAAUUACAUUUUUAUUUUAAUUUUUGAAUUUUAACUGAAUUUUGAAUUAUAUUUUAACGAAAAGAUAUCAUGAAAAAUAAACGUCAUCGGAAUUCUCAAAUCGAAUCGGUACAAAGUUUCUCAAAUUGCACCAGUGGGAUCAUAAAUUAUCAUUGUCGUAAUAAAGGAUACUGGGUUUAUUUCCUCAGCAAGGAACCACGUACAAAAAGUAUGAUCAUGAGCAUAAAUGGUACAUGAUGGGUUCAUGAAAGUUAUGGGAGAGUAUUACAGAUACAUAAAAUCGGUUAUCGUUCCACUCUAUCUUAUCAAAUCAGUAUAAAUACGUUAUUCAGUCAUCAACGUACGUUAUUUACAUUAAUGUAAAUAUGCAUUAUUUAAUCAUUAUUACUAUACAGAGUCGAAAACAUUAUAAAAUAAAAAAUGCUCGAUAAUUAAAAACAUGAACUUUGUGUUUAAUUUGGGACGAGUAUUCAAUGGCCUUCUAUUUAUUUGUUGUACACAUACAAAUAUGUGUUACAUAGCAAAAUAAUUCCUUUCUUAACCAUACUCUUUAUUUAUUCAUAUACAAAUGUACUUUUUUUUUAAAGGAACUAUAAGCUAACACCCCGACAGGUAUGAUGUGUUGAGAAUCGAUUAAUUAAACUCUACCUUUUCUACACGAUGUUAUGAAAAGGCUUUUAACAAAUUAAGUUUUUCUUGGUAAAACGUUUCACAUCUAAAAAUAGAUCUCUUAAAUAUUAACCAACAAUUUCUAAUGUUAAUUUUCGCAUAAAUGAAUCCCAAACAAAAAAUAUAAAAUAAAAUAUCUUCAGCGGCACGAUUAUGGCAACUCUACCCUAUCUAAUUUGUAUAUCAACGUGAUAGUCUGUGUUAUUCUCAAAAACCAGAGAAUGAGCGAUUUCUCUUGACCGUUCGUGAGGUUCUAAGAAGGAACUCAUCGAUCACGAAAUGUUCUUCCACGCAAAAAAAAAAAUUGUACCGAUGCACGAAACGAAAGGAAACCUUCACGCCGAACACCUUGCACGCAAUCAAAACCAGUUCGUUAUCAUUAUGAAAGACUAAAGUUUCUUCUUUUCGAAAACCAAAGAAAGCUCUGUACAAAAACGUGUUAUAUACAUAGAAUAGAUACGUUAAAUCUGCAUAUAUUUCUCGUGCGACUAUACGAAUGUUGAACACUGAAACGAGGAUAUAGCUAAUAUGAGUUUAUGAAAAAAAUUGAUAAGAAGGCAGCCAUAUUGAGAAUGCCAAAGCAGCAGAGGAUGAGGAUUUAAGAAGAGUAGUCAAAUCCAGAUAAAUUAUUGAGAUCAUCGAAUGAUGCUGUCGAAUUCAACAGCAAUUGAAGAUGGAUGUUAGGUAUGAUUUUGCAUGCCAAUCUGUGAACAACAACUUCUGGUCAGUUCUGUUGCAUUUAUAACGUCGUGCAGUAAUCAUAUUCUAAUCUUUCUCUGAACAUUCUCUAUUCUUGAUGCUAUCUUGUUCUAUAGCUUGGUACGCGAUGACCAUGUACACGAAACAAACAUACGAUAGGAUACGAUGUUAAAAUGUUACAAGUUCAACAAAUAUUGGCCUAGCGUCGAUGAUUUUAUGAUGAAACUUCGUAGACAUAUUUUGAAUUCCAGAAAUCACUGAUGUUACAAACCUCUUGCUAAAUUACGUUCAAUUCGUGGGCCUAUAAAUUUUAGCCGACAAACGUAUCCGUUGCUUGUGAUAACCUGUGAUAUUUGUAUCGAUGUAAGAUUUUUUGUUGGUAUAGCAAACCACGUACAAACAAGAAAAGAUUUUUAUAUAACGAAUAAAUUUCGAGACAAAACGGUAACGAGGAACAGUCAAACAAAACGAAAUUCGAAACGUGUCUACGAAAGGGAACUCUAUCCAUCGAUAGCCUGUAAAAGUUUUUCUACGUUAUUGAUUCUAAUUUCAACAUUCAGGGACUUCGAUAGAAAAUUUAGUAGCGACUGAUCAAAAGAAUACGCUCUCGAGAAUCGAGGUGACACGUGUACUUCGAGCACGCAGAGGCCUCGAACGAAAAUAUUCGCUAUUAUCGAACCAUGGUUUCUCGAAUGUCGUUACAAAAUUGUUCGAAAGCAGGAAAUGAUAGUCUGAACGUCUUCGUACUCCACGCGUUAACUCGUUUAUUUGUGAAUGCACUUCUUGUAAAUAAAUUGUCCUUUGACAUUUUUUUGAUCGUUCAGAGCACAUUCGUGAUGCUGGUCGUUAAAAUACUGUUCAUAAGGUUCACAACAGUGUCACGAUGAAAUAGACGCUAUCACUCAAAAGUUUGGGUACAUCUAUCUGCGAGAAUUAAAAUUAAUCGUAAGUUUCCCUAUCGUUGCGUAAAGUUAGUACAAAAGUGAAAUAGGUUGCGUAAAACUUAUUGGGAAGCCUAAUCGUCUCUACUUCUAAUUAUAAUUAAUUGAAUUAGUAUUUUCUACAUGGGAACGAAAGUUUGUUCAUUAUUAAAUGAGCAUUUGUUCUUACAACCUUAUACUAUACUAAUUUAUUUAAAAAUUCUUAUCAACCUCGAUAGUUACAGAGAAACGACGAUGAACAUUUAUGAAGAAAUUAGAAUUUGUAUAAUUAUCGAGGUUCUACUGUUCUACUACUUGCCAUAGCUUCAAGAUUGAUAUUCUACUUUAUUUGACGUCUUUAUCGCACAGAUAUGACAUAGUGUACAUAUAAGAUAAACAUAUAAAGUAAUAUGUUGAUAAUUAAUUAUACAAAAGAAGCGAGGUUCGGCUAAAGUACUGUUCCUGGUUCAACCUCGAUAUUCCAUCUAUGCUACGACAAGUCCCACAAUUAUAAUAUUAUUCUAACGUUCGAGGACUGGUUCCUGGUCUGAUGGGACAACUCUUCCUUCUUUCUUUUUAUACAAUCUAAACUUAAGAAAUUAUUUAACGGCUACACUUCGUAUUUACUCAUGAAAGACGACUUGGAUAGGUGUACCCAAACUGGGGUUGCCAACUGCAUCCAUUAUAAAAAUGAUCGCAAUAAAUGUCCAUCUUAUUUAUGCCUCACACAAAAAUGUAUAUUUUAGAGUCAUAAGAGCUUUUUUUUUUUUUUUUUUUUUUUUUAGGAACAAUGGAAGUGGGAAAGAUUUCUUUUAAAUAUAUGAUAACUAGUCUACAAUAUAUUCAUGUAUGAGCCGUUUAUUUCACAAAUUGAUUAACUUUAUGAAACAAAAAGUUGAGAAUUGCGAUGAAAUGGCCUCUGAAAUAAAUUAUUUAUUAUUCAAUGGUCAAACAAAUUUUGUCGUUUAAUGAUGUUAAUCUUUAUUAUUCAAAAAAGUUAUUUUAAAUAUAAAAAGUUAUUACUAUAUAAAGUAUUUUUGACACUUAAAUUUAAGAUUUGUCAAAAAGUGGAGUUAACCGACUUGUGCAGUGGACGAUUCAUAUAAUAUAUAUAAAACAUGAGACAUUGACAUGAAUAUGCUGGAAUCUUAAUUGGAAUUUUAAUCCAAAAUUAUUAACUAUUCACAAGAGAUUACGUUUACCUCUCAUUUUACACUUUUAUUCUUUCCAAAAAAUAACAGUCGAAUUCUUACAAUAAUUCAUUUUGUUAUGACUCUUAAAUACGUCAGCAUUUUAACAGUGGGAGAACAUGUAGCAUUCUUUCUAAAAACAGUUAGCAACCCAAACUUAGCUCUUCCCGAAGAGCUUUUGUUCUCAACCAAUUGUACGUGUACAAGGCCUAUUAGAACGUGUCGCGAUUGUUUUACAAAAUGGGAUUCAAACGAUGAUGGAUGAAACGUUUGUAACACCUCAAUAUUCCGUACGAAAGUCAUCGGAUUGAUUUUUGUAUAUAUCAUUACCGUUGUUGAUGAAUUUCUGUCUCGACCAAUUAGACGUUUACAGAAACCGUUCAAUCGUAUGAUUUACAACUUUUAAUAUACAAAGAUGUAGUUAUGUGAUAUAAGAUAUUGCGUCUCAAGGAUGAUCAUUAGACGAAUUGAGAAUUUUGUUUCCUCUGUGAACUCGUUCUCAAAAGAUUUUCUUACUUGACCGUGUAAAACACCUUUUCUUAGUGUUCAGAAGAUGUUUCGAGAUGGGAGACAGUUUUAUGGUCGCAUGCCUGUUCACAGAUAAGAAAUAGCGACACAAUUAUGAUCUUUGCUAAUGUGCAGUGUGUUGGGAGAAACUGGUUAAGAAUUAUUAAAUAUAUAUUGCAUGCUGAAAUGAGUGGAAAAUGUAAAAUUAAUGAAGACAAACUCUGUUCGAAGGAAAUAUUUAUUGUGUUAACUAUUCUGUUCGGUUAUUAGAAGUGAUUUACAAUUCUGAUAAUUGUUUUAAAACCGUAAGUUUACACGUUCUACUUACUAACUUGUUGUCUUGAACAAAAAAGAAAACGACAUUGUCUUCCUUUGAAAGAAAAAGUUAUUUCUUUUAUAUUUUGUUUCUAUGUAUAUAGAAAAUUUAUAUUUUGUAUCCUUUCAAUAUUCUUAAUCGUAAUUUCAAUGUAUAUUUGAUACCUCCAUAUUAUAAGUCUCUAAAAUUAGUCUGAGCGUCAGUACAACUUUUAACUCGUUUUUGAGAGUACUAUAAUUACUCUAAUUCUUGAACGCUUUCUCCUUAACAAACUACACAUUUAUUCACCUGUAUCUUUCUCGAAGAGCCUUGUACGUAAAUCGAUGCUCCGUUCGAUUCGACUAAAAUGGACUAAAGAAAAGAGAAACAAACUAAGUGUAGAACGACGAUACGAAACCACAUAAGAAUUGACGAGCAUCGCUAUGAAUAUUUACACCUUGUCGAUAAAUGUAACUCAGCACCUGCACCCAACUUUGAUGUUAUUUUUUCGAGGAAAAUUUUCUAAACGAGAAAAACCGUAGCUAGUAUUUCCAAAGAUUUUACGGCGCAACGUAAAUGCGAUCUAGAUGUGUCUUUCGGGUAAGAAAUAUUUAAAUUAUCUAUUUACAAUUGCAAUAUUUAUACUAAAACAGUUAAACAAAUUCUUCUGUGCCUGUGUAUCGGGAAGAUUCUCACAUUAGCUUAUUACAUACAUAGUUGUAGUAUGGAAAACUUUACAAACAACGGUGAGAGUAGUUAAUGGUUUCUUGUGAUUAACUACACGAAAAUGUCGACAUUCUAAAGUAUCUGAAAUCACAGGAAAUUAUCAUGUUUUAAAAACCGUAACAGAAAACAAAGACGGCUGGAACAAUGUCCCAAAUGUAAAUAAUGUUGAGUGCAACAAUUUUUAUUAGUAUCUUUUUAGUCAUUAUAUAAAUCUUCAAUAUGGAUUAAUGUAUUUUACCAUUUCUCAAUUUUUUAAGGACUCAUAAAUGAUUCACGUAAAUUUAAAUCUUUCUCUACCCGUGAACCAUUCAUGAAUUUUCAUACAAGAUUGAAAUUCAAAUUUAACUAAUUCGUUUAAUAAUGUGUUAAAAGAAUUAGUAGUAAUAAUUUAUACAAAGUUGAAUUUAUAAAAGCGUAUGAUGGUAUUUUCUCAGGCAAAGGCCAUAAUAAGAUAUAACAAAUUUUUGCCAAUGUUGAACACUUCAAUGAAAAGCUUAAAUUUAUAUAUAAAAUAAAAUUUGUUAUAAUUAUAAUGGAUAAUUGAAUUAUAAUUAUAAAAUAUAUUGUAUGUAUCAAAUGAAAAUUAAAUAUUGAAGAUCAUUUACUUAUAUGGUGAUUUUAGGAUGUACAUGAAUUGUACAAUAUUAGUACAAAUGUACUAUUAAAUACCUAAGUGAGAAUUGCAAAUAUGGAACAUAUGCUGUGCAUUUGUGUAAUUUAUAUAAAUAUUAUUCAUUUCUUAACGUCUCUAAAAAUAUUUUCAUUUUAUGGUUCUCCUUCCAUCAAUUUUUAUCAGCUAUACGAUAAAUAGAUUAUACACAGCGAUGUUAAUAUAAUUUGAAAAAAAUGAUAGUAACUAAUAACUUAUACAUUUUCGAAACAAAUACUUUCAAUGUAAUUUAUGUAAUAUAUCUACAGUAACUUUAGGUAAAUUCUAAUAUGAUAUAAUGUUUGAUAUACGUAACAUAAAAUAAUAUGUAUAAUUUGUAUCAAAAUUCAGAUACGUUUCUCCAUAUUUCUAUACAAUUGUGUACACUUCUAAAAAAUUUAGAAAAAUUGAGAAUUCUACUCCAUCGUUACAUACAGUUUAUUCCAUAUCUCAUUGCACUCAUUAUAUUCAUUAAUUCGGUCGUCGAAUUAUCUUCUCGGUGCACAGGCGUGCACGUUCGACUACCGUUGGGGUCCACUUAAAGUUAUUACAAAAAAAGUUACAUCUAUUACGUAUAUGAACAGUUGUAAGGUAUUUUACAAAGCAGCAGAGCACUAGGUGAACGGAGAAGAAAUCCGACGAAUAUGCAAUCUCUUCAUUUGUUCCCGUUCACCUAGUGCAGUGAUAUAAUUAUAUAUAAUAUGAAGAUAUAUAUAAAUAACAUAAUGCAUAUACAAGUGUAUAUAUACAUAAAAAAAAAACACUAUAAUAUAGUAAUAACGGUACACACGAGUUUUUCUUCUAAUAAGAUAUCUACGAGUAUCUAACUGUAAGCCGAUAAGCUUAAGUACAGCGAAAGAGAAGUAAUUACGUGUAAUUAAGUCCAAUCUUCCGUUCGAAUGAUUUGUGUAAACAGUUUCAUAAUUUAGGCCCGUUGAUAGGACAGUCUUCGGUGCGCAUCUUCUACGCGCGACAUCUUUCAAUCUUUUUACUGGUUUGCGCGCGUUUACAUAUUCAAAGCACUCGAUGGAAACAGUCGUCCAUGUUUAGUUUGACGAGCGAAGCGACAAAGGAACCAGAACGGUUCGUGUACACGAGAAGAAAUGAAUAAGCAGUCCCAAUCUAUUUUUCGUUAAGUUGAGGAAAAGUUCGUAGUAAUAUUAGGAUUAUUUUUCAAAGAGUUCUAUUAUACCGCAUAAAGCAAAAGUAAAUAUUGUGCACAUGACGUACAGUGGGUGUAGAAAGCAUUCGUACACCGAUCAAUUUCCAAAAAAAACUGUGUAAAAUUGUAAUUUAUUAACUUAUUUUUUAUGAACAAUGUCAUUCUACAUAUUCCCGGAAAUCUCUAGAAUAGAUAGAUUACAAAAAAAUAGCUAUUUAUCUAAGUUGCGAAAUUAACAAGAAAAAAACAAUUAAUCGACAGAAAUAUUGAAGCAAUAAGUAUUCGCACAACUGUUUAAUUUUUAAAACUUGAUUAAAAAAAAAAAAAAAUUUACAUUAAUUUAUAAAUAAUUUAUACUUCGUGGGAUUUCCUUUUGAUUUUAUAAUUAUUGUCACUUUUCUAAGCAUUAAAUUAAUUAUAUUAUUAGUUAUUCGAAGUGGAAUCUUCUUCAAUUCCUCUAUUAGAGCCAUUUUUAAAAGUACUUUACUGGAAAUUUUAUGUUUUCUAAUUCGUACGGAGCAAUAAACUAAUAUGUUUACGUUACAAACUCUACUGUAAAUGGUUCGUCAUAAGAAUCGUAUAAAUACUUAUUGCUUCUAUACUUUUACUCACUUUUCGCAUUUUUUUUUUUUGUUAAUUUCACAAAUUAUAUUAACUAGUAAAUGUUGUUUGGACUAUAUCUAUCUUAGAAACUUCCGAGGAUAUGUAAAAUAUCAUUGAUCCCAAAAAAAGAAGUUAAGAAACUACAAUUUCACACAAAAAUUUUUUGUGGGAAAUUGAUCGGUGUACGAAUACAUUCUACACCCACUGCACAUAAUAUUAGUACAAACGUAGUAUUUAAUAUCUGAGUGAAAAUUGUAUAUUAUAUUUACUAUUAUUGUUGAUGUAACAUCUAGAGCACAAGAUAGUUGGUAUAGUUACUGUUUCACUUCUUCUUCAUUUUCUUCCAGUUGUUUCAAUUGCAUUUUUGACUUGCUUGUAAAAUCUAAACUUUUGUUUUUUGAAUGUUGUAGCAUAUAUCUUGAGUUUUUAUUAAAUGUAGUUUUAAAGUGAUUCGUAAAUAUAUUUCAUUUCUUAGUGUCUCUAACAAUAGUAUUGAGUUGACUAGUUGACAGUACUAUGUAUAUAUACAACGAAAUGUGUUGGAUUACUAAAGCGUGUUUGUAACGUCUAAGAAAACCAUUUUAAACCAGUUUAAGGAGCAAUUGGCUAUGAAAUAAUUAGUAAUUCUUUGAAACUUUAUUAUUUACUAAUUGUUAGUUUCAAAUCUUCCAUCAGUAAUAUUAUUAUUCAAAUUGUCGUAUAGGUCUACAAUUGUUUUAGUAAUGUCUCAGACAAAAAUUUCUCGGAGAAUUGAACAUCGUUUGCCAAAUGGUAAAAUAAAGGAAUAUUUCUUUAAUAGUAAGAGCAUUAGACCAGGAGACAUAAAAAAUGAUUAAAAUUCUUGAUCUAAUACUUUUGUUACCUUGUACUCCAUUUUUUACCAAAAACGUCACUAAUAGUUUAUUACUUCUUGCUCGAAACUAGAAAGGUCUCUUUCAAAGAUCGUAGAUACAAUUACUUUGAGUGUUCUCUGUUAAGAGAUAUUAAUUUUACGUAUUGGGUUGUCCGGAAAGUUCAUGCCUAUUUUUAAGAAAAAUUCAAAGACAUAUUUGAAUUUUGAUGUAUAUUUACUGAAUUAUAUAUGUACCAUCUUGUUCCACAACCUUUCCACCUGUUAAGGAAUGUACAUAUGUUAUUUGUUUUCAGCCAUUCAUAUAUAUUCAGACCUGUACCGCCUACUAACAAUCGGCAUGGACUUUCCAGACAACCCAAUAGAUUUUGACUUUACUUUUUCAUUUGUUCUCGUGUCAUUCGGUUGCCAGCGAAUCUUUCAAUGAACUGCUGUCGAUCCUCGAUGAUUCAACGAUCGCUAAUGUGUGUAUAGAUUACGUUUACUUACGGUUCGUUGCUUCCUCCGCAAUAAUUCCUGACUUUUGUCGAUUAGUUGCGCGCACAGAGGAAAGUUUUAAUGUUUUCAACCCGAUGUACUUAACUGCUGCUACUGCGCCGAACUAUUUUAUAAACAGGGACAUUGAAGACUUUUAAGAUUUCGAAACGACGACGCUUACGAUUGACUCUGCAAUGUUUUUGCAUGUUUCUUUUGUCCCUUUACCAUUAAAAUGUUUGUAUUUUCGUGGUAUAUUUAAUUGUCUUCAAAUUUUUCGACUUCUUGUCAGUGUUUGAUUAUAAUAUGAUUGUAAUAUUCCAAGGAUGUGUUUCAUAUGAUAAAGACGUAACUUGACGAGUGAAUUCUACACGUAGAAAAAUAAACAAUUUCAUACAAACUAUUGUUCUGUCUAACCUUGGCUCUAACCCUAUAUUUUUCUCUAUGAUGUUUCCUUUGCAUUUUGAAUCUACCUUUUUAUUAAGUCCUUGGAAAUUAAAAAAAAAGUAAAAAAGAGAUUUAACUCAUCACUUGCAUAGUGAAUUAUGAUAUUAAAAUCGAUUACCUGAAUUUGGAAACAGCUAUAUGAACAAUUUUCGUUAUUUUUUUAUUCGUUGAAUACACCCCUAAAGUUAUGUCGAUAUCUUAUGCAGCAUACGGAAAGUAUUUAUACUUAUACUUAUAUUUGUUAUUUAUACAAUUUUUCUAUAUUUAAUCUGAAAUUAUACUCAGUUACAUCUACAAUCUCUAUAAUAUCCCUACAAACGUAAUCGUCGUUUUGUUUAUAUUAUUUUACACUUUAAACGUGUAUUCUGUAUUUUCAUUACAGACACACUAAUAGCGUCGUUCAUGCGAACUAUAAUGUAAGUUAAGAAUUACAUUUAGCAUGUAAAUUCAUAAUCCGUAAGGAUAACUGCGUUAACGUUUUCUCAGAUAGCCACUAAAAGAAACAAAAAAAAAGCAAAAAAUUUAGUCUAAUGUGACGAAGUUGUAAUCGACCCUACGUAUGGAAUACCUUGGAUGGAAGUGGUUUUUUCGAUUAAUUGAUCCAACGCGUGAGCAAUAAAAGUAGAGUCGCUAAUUCUUAGAACUGUUUCUCUGGAAUCUAAUUUCACCGACAAGUGAACCGACAAGUACUUUUCAUUAUCGUCCGAGGUACUCCGCAAUCCUCGUCUGUGUACUCUAGAACGUAAGCGUCGACGAGGAGAGUGAGAGAAAAAUAGAACAGAAAAGAUGUUUGCCAUGCACAUCGUUCAGAAACUCUAUUUCUCGUGAGAUUAUGUGAUCUUCUAGCUUCUAAAAAGUAUGUUAUAUUUUAUAUAUACUCGCCUCUGUCGUGUAACGCUCCACGUGUUCUUUCCGGAACGCCGAAACCAUAGCUGAGUAAUUAACUUGUACAAGGUCGAGCUGUAAUCGCGCACGAAUUUCACCUUAUUUUCGUUCUGGCGGGAUUGACCCUCCAUCGCAUGACAAAUCCACAAGAAACAAGAUAAAAGUAAUAAACACUAAAACUACCUACGCUUAACUCACAUUCACACUAGUGGAUCUUUGAAAAUAGAAAGUGGGGAGUUUAAUAAUCGAGCGUUCUGAAUUUGUAAAAUGACAAAAUACAAUCAAUCCUGUGCGAAAGAUAGCUUUGCAGAUCCAGCCACUCGAGGAUGUCAUGAUAAGAUAGUCUUAGUUUUUAUUAGCAUAGCAUGUUUAAUAGAUUCACAAUAGUUCCUUUUAUUCUCCCAACGGUGUUAGAGAGAGUUAAUAUUCUUACGAAAGUUAAAUUAUCUACAAUGCUUCUUUAAUUAAAAUGAAACGUUAUCUUUAUUUCCGCUAGCAUAACUUUACGUGAAUCAUUCCAGCAUGCUAAAUUCAGGAAUAAAAAGUCACUUCAUUUUAGUUCUCGAGUGUAAAGUCAGUCAAAUUUUAAUUUUGAGAAUUUCGUGCACAAUAAUAUAAUAAUUUAUUCUUCCUUAGCAAGUAUGCCUGAAGUAUGAAAUAACUUCCGUGCAAUGGAGGGUUCGAUUGUCCCCUUCGAGAUCCAGGAUCAGACGGUUCAAGACCUUUCAUUUCAGUGUGCGAGAGCGUAUGAAAGAGAGAAAGAGAAAGGCGAUAAUCGCUCGAAAAGAGAUAAUCUUUUAACAUUUACCUGACACGUAUAUAUACAGGGUGUCUACGUAUAAGUCCGGACAUACGCAGGGUGUCAAUUCUACAACAAAUUUCCAACAAAAAAUUACUCUUAGGCAUUUUCUUUGUGUCGCCUUAUUCUCGAGUAUUUUCAAUUUUAAUUUUUUUUCUGUAAUUUCGACUUGACACUCUUUAAACGGCCAUAACUCCACUAAAUUACGGUGCAAACUUAAAAACCAGUACACCAUUCGAAGGAGCGUUAAAUUUUCCGUCUCCCUGAUGCAAAAUCAAAAUUUAUUACGUAGGUUUAAUAAGUGAAGAAUUAGGUCACACUUUACAUUGUGAAAAUUUUAAAAAAUUUGACUUUUUCUGUAUUCGUCUUUCGUCUUGUGUCUUUCGGUUUGUUUGGCGGGCACUCUUCAGGAAAACCUUCCUCGAAGUCUCAGCUUUUGAACGGUAUUGUCAAAAAAAAUUGUGCGGUGGUAUUUUAGGGAGAAAAUGGCGUUUAAAUGCAGACAAGAGUGGGUUUUUAGGUGAAAAACGAUAUUUUUCAACAAAAAUCGACUUGUCACUUUAAAAUUAACUUGACAUCGGGUUUGAUGUAUUUUUUAGUGACACUCAUGAGUCUCCACAAUUAGGAAAAAACAACGAUUCUUUGACACCUCAAGCCUCUCCCAGCCGCGUGUAGAGCCUAAGUGAGAGGUGAAUAAUAAUUGUUUUUAAACAUGUAUCCAUAGAAUUUUCAUUUUUAGAGACUAUUUAAUCAAAAUCUAUCUCGGUGUACCGAUAAAUGAUAUGGAGAUUGCAAUACGAUCGAUUUCGCACAGCAUAAAAUCGAUGUUUUCGGCACAGGAGGUCGGAUAAAAGAGUCUAAAUUUGAAAAAAAUAAUUUAUUGGAAAAAAACAAAACCUUGAGAUGUAAAAAAACCAGUUUUUUUCCUAAUUGGGGAGACUCGGGAGUGUCACCAAGAAAUACAUCAAAUCCGAUUUCAAGCUAAUUUUAAGGUGACAAGUCGAUUUUUCUUGAAAAAUGUCGAUUUUCAUCUAAAAACCCACGCUUUUCUGGAUUUAAACGUCAUUUUCUCCCUAAAAUACCACUGUAGAAUUUUUUUUGACAAUACCAUUCAAAAGCUGAGACUUUGAGGAAGUUUUUCCCGAGGAGUGCUCGCCAAACAACUAUGUAUUUAAAACCGAAAAACGUAUAGAGAAAAAGUCAAAUUUCUUAAAAUUGUCACAAUGUCACUUGUCACUUAUAAUGUCAUAAUUGUCACUUAUUAAACCUACGUAAUAAAUUUUGGUUUUAUAUGGUAUAGUUACUUUUAAGUUUGCAGUGUAAUUUAGUGGAGUAAUGGUCGUUUAAAGAGUGUCAAGUCGAAAAUACAGAAAAAUAAUUAAAAGUGAAAAUACUCGAGAAUAAGGCGACACAAAGAAAAUGUCUAAGAGUAAUUUUUUGUUGGAAAUUUGUUGUGGAAUUGACACCCUGCGUAUGUCCGGACUUAUACGUAAACACCCUGUAUACACGCUAUUCCUCCGGUAUUGUAUUUGUUGUACAGUUAUACCUACAUACACACAAAUCCAUACGCACUCAUCGUACGAAUGUUCGUGCAGGUUACGUUUAUCGUGGAACCUACUUAUCGCACGGGGCCUGAAAUUACCCGGUAAAAUAACAGGGAUUUCGCAUGCAUAAAUGGAAUGAUCAUCGUUUUCUUGUCGCAUCCGACCUCGUCGUAAAUUCGUGCGUAAAUUUAUCGUUAGAUCACCCUGUAUAAUUUACGUAUUCCUUUCCGAUUGGUACAAUUCGGUAAUGUAAACAGGAUGAUAUGGUGAUUGCCAAUAUUGAAUUACUAUUGAUGUUUGUGAAUUGAAAAACUGAAUUAAAAACGAGAAGCUUUUUAAAGAUAUUGUUUUUAACUUUAACCUUAUGGUUUGUAUAUAAUAUUAGCAUUUUGACUAUUUUCUGUAUGACUGUUCGAGAUUAUAUUCUUGUACGCCAAAGUAAACCUAAACCACAGGUCGAAGGAUAUAUGUAGAGGAUUUUUUAAAAAAGGCUUUAGGAUUUUGUUUUUUAAUAAAAUAGAAUAUAUUCAAUUUAUUUAUUUUAAAUGAAAGUGCACGUGAUUACUAUUAAUCGUAAGAACUGAUAUUGUUUGAGUGUUCACCGUGAUUACGCUUCCAGGCGUAUUUUAUUAUUAAAAAAUACAAUCUUAAAGCCCCUUGUAGGAGAUCUUUUAUUAUUUGUAAUAAUAAUUCUUGUAUUGGCUAAUUAUUACGCCUAGACUUGGUGCGUAUAGAAUGUCGCUUUUACGAUCUACGUUUAAUGAAACAUAAUUAGUUGGACAGUCUACAUAUAUCUUUAAAACGCUUAGCCAAUUUCAUACAAAUGUAUGACAUUGGACUACUUAAAGUUUAAUCAUGAUGUAUUUUACAUUAUAGCAUGAAAUUUUAGAUCACAAUUCCUAUGUUUUCAAAUUAAGAUACUUGUACGUAAAUUUUUUUUCGUAAGAUCAUGUCAUUACCUCUUUACUCUAUAAUUGUUUUACCACCUACUGGUCAGAAAUGAUUAUUUUUCCUUUGCUAUGGUAUAAUCUAAAUCUAUUGGAACAAGAAUUGCUUACUUUAAUUUGUAUUUACAGUAUUUUUACUUUGAAUUCUUCCUAAACAUGACUACUUUCUUAAUGUAAUCUAUUUUAACAAAAUACUAUAACGAAAAAUGAAAAAACAAUAAACGAUCGGUACAAUCUUUGCAAAAAUACUUACUAAACUAUUUAUUAUAUAUUUUAAAAAGAUAUUGAUUAUAUUUUACGUAGUCCAUUAUUAUGAUUUGAAAAAAUAUGAAUUACAAUACUCGAAAGAAGAAGAUUUUUUAAAAUCUUUCAUCGCAGGGCCAUAGAAAAUUCACAACUGUAACAUUUCGUACAAAAAUUUUUCAGACUACUAUAUUUGUAAUUUCAGAGAUAUCAGCAAAAAAUAUAUGAGAAAUUGAAGUUUCUUUAAAGGGGCGUUUUCACCUUUGGAACCGUUUUACAGCACCACUGAAAAAUAAUAAUGUAAUUAAGUUCACAAGUAUUUAAUUUCUAAGAAAUUUCAAAUCUGUUACAGUUCAACAAUGAUUUAACUUACUUUUUUAGCGACUAACUAUAAUGUCUGACCAUAUACGGGUCACAACUCCUUCCAGGAUCAAUCUUUCUUUCUUCCAUCAGCACUCCCGAUGUGAUUGAUCCCAUCAGUAGUUACCACAAACCAGAGUGAGGGGAAAAGUUCCAUCUAUCAGAACGACUGGUGUGAGUUUUCCCAAGUCGAUUCUUUCGUCGACUCGAUUAUGCGUUUUUCUAUCAUCAAUCUUGUUGCACAAGGUCUUGCGUUCUUCCGCGACAAAAUGUAUUCAACUCGCGUUCGUUAAAAGAAAGAACUACUUUGAAAGUCUUCAUUAUUUGUAUCGUAAAGUAUGAAGUGUUCGAUAACAGACCUAGAAUGUUUAUCAAGAACUAACACAAACAUUUUGACGAGACUUAUCCCUCUCUAAUAAAAUGUAUAAUAGUUAACAAAGAACAAAUGGAUUUUCAUUUUAUUUCUAUUUAUUUAACGUUUUUAUUGCACGAUUAUGUACCUAUACAUAGAAAAUGAACAUGUUGAAUUCGUGCUGAUAAAUGUGCAAAAGAGACGGGGUUGCAACUAAUGUGCUAUUUUUAAUCCUAACCUCGAUAUCCUUUAAUUAUGAUACUACGACGUACAAAUUGAACAAGAAAAUUGAUAUUUCAUACGAACGCACUUAACAGCAAUUCUUUUUCCACGUACAACUUUAACGAAUACUUUUGAAAAAUAAAAACAAAGGUCUAACAGCGACAAUACGAAUAUGGUUGAUCUUUCGUUUCUAUGAAAAAUGUAAUAGAUAUGAGAAUUUUAUCCUGUUUACAUUAUUUGGAGCUGCACUUUUGUUCAGAUCGACAAGAUUUUUUAAGGAAACUGUUUGUUUAAACUGUGUAUGUCUAUCGAAAACAUGAAAAUCACACAACUCUUAAUUACUCAUCGUAUUCGCCAUUUAUUGGAUAGUUUUGUCAAUAGUUUCACCUUGCUAGCGAUUUUCGUUUAAAGCGGUGCGAAAACGAUUUGGAAAGACUGAAUUGCUUUUUUCUUGUUUCCCUAAACAAUUGUGAACACGGAAUUACGACGAAAUUUAAAAUUUGCAGAGAAGUAGGUCGCAAAUAUUACGCAUGGAGGGGGCCUCAAGUACUGUAACCUUAUAUGUGAUUCUAUAGUAAACAAAAAUCGUGAAUAACAAAAAAAAACUCUACUGCUAUUGUAACUUUCAGAGUUUAAUAAAACGUUUUCACUAACAAAGGCAAAAUUUCGAUUAUGGAGACCUUCCCGU